CUAUUGGGUAAUAAUUUGUGGAAUAGGAAAACAAACGCUACAAGGAACUGAAGGGAAUGUUGUUGAUAUUUCACAUUUUGGACUAGGAUUUUUGAAGAAUAUGUUAUUUAGAACUGUUCUGAAAUCUCUGCAGAAUUAGAUUGGCUUGUUAGAUGUGUUUUAAACAAGUCUGAUACAAUUUUUAAAGAUGCCGUCUUCUGGCCGUACGUCAGGGAGCUCAUCCCGCAGGAGUCGAUCGAAUCACAGCCAUCAUCACCACCGCCAUAGGAGAAGACAUCGGCUGAGACCGAAGCAAACGGAACGGAACCUGGUGGCCUCUAUACUCGGGAUGGUUGUCAUAGCUGUUCUUAUCUCUGCCCUUGCAGACAGAAAGUGGUUCAGACUGCAUGGCGGGAAGUGCAAACAGGAGUAUCUUGGUGCCUACCAGUUCCUCACACCAAAUAUCGAAAAUAUGGCAUCAUACCAGUACUGCUUUACAAGUAAAGCGAUACCAAUCAUGAGAGCGGUGAUAGGGUUCCUGUUCCUGGGCAUCGUGUCGUCUCUUGUUGCAUUCUUCCUAGACACCCUUGGACCCAUGCAGACACCAUUAAAGCUCUGUAGAAGAUUUGCCAUCUCAUCCAUUGUAACAGUCCUCUUCUGUGUAGCCAUCAAUGGCUUCUGCUAUUGGGUAUCAACGUGCAUCGAAGAAGAGCUCAAAGCCUACAAACUGGUCUCAACCAGCAAAGUCUACGUCACGUUCGAGAUGGGCUACUACUUGGUUGUCGUCUCGGGAGCACUCUCCGUCGUCAUAUCAGCCACCAAUCUUCUUAGGCGGUACCCGCUUUACGACGAGCCCCAGAGGAGAGAGAGGUUGGUGGAAGACUGGGAUGAGCUGCUGGAGCAAGAGCUGCCGGGCUUUCCUCCCAACACAGCCCUCACUGCCCCUCCUGCGUACACCCCUUGACAGCAGGUGUCAUCGCCACCAUCCAAAUGACUAGGAUGGUUUUUGUUUGUAACGUCUUGAUGAAAUCAUUAUGAGAGGUUCAAAAUAUAGGUGAUAUUAUAGAAUGCCCUGUCUUACAAUCUAGUGUGAUCAAAAAUAUUCUCUCAAUUUUGGAAAACCAUCAGCACCAUAAUAUUUUGUCUAUAACUAUAUGCACUUUGUGAACAAGGAGGAUCACACUGAUGGACCAAUACAAUGACCAUUCUAGAUGAUGGUGUCAUUGGCUUUCCAUAGUUACGAUUGAUUGGACCACUUGUACUGGAUUGUAUGACGGGGUCCUGAGGAGCAUUUCAUCAAUAUUUUCUGUCCGACAGGUUUUGAUUGGCUGAGAAGCACGGUUCCUAUGGUAACUAUUGCAUAAAACAUUUGAUGACUCCUUUCAUGAACGGCUGUAGUUGUUUCAUCGCCAUAAUUAACCAGACCAUCGUAUUCAUUUGAAUGUUACGAGGGGAAGAAAUCUAUAAUGAAAAUGAAAUUAUGAACAUAAUCAAUCCCACUGUACAUGUACCUGAUACCAUCUGACUGCAUACAAAUAUACUGUAUACAAGAUUUUUCUGUUGAUGUCAUCCAUCUCAUAGCUUUAUUUCUCGAACUUUGUUGGAUAAAAACUUACUUACAUUACCCAAGAUGCGCAUUUAGCAAAUUCCUCUAUCUGUUCAUGAGCAUUUAAAAUUAGAUGGUAUGGUGGACAUUAGUUGAAUAUUAGCCAAAAUGGGUUUGGAUGAAAUAAAUAUUGCUGUUCACAUAUAAUAAAUAAUGAUGGGAUUUCUAGAAGUACAACUUCAAACAUCAAAUGACUCGAGUGUCACUGAGGCAUGUUAUGUCCUAUUUGAAUUUUAAUCAUGCAGCAAUACUGCCAAGUAAUGAUACAUUAAACACAUUCAAAUGAGUCUUCUCAGAAGAACUGGACAAUUUUUUUUUAUUUAUGUAAAUGGGUAUAUUAUGCUAUACAUUAAUCCAUUCUCCCAUGAUGCAAUAUGCAUGUACUUUGGGUGCUGCAUUGGUACAAGCAGGCCCAGGAUUAGCAUUUUUCAGAUAUGAUGCGAAAAUGCUCAGCAACAUUUUAUUAGUAUUAAAGGCAUUGGCUAGCUUUGUGAAGAGACACUUAAACAAAUUUUCUAACCAAGAUGAAAUGUGUAUGAGUGCAUGUAUUAAAACUAAAAAGAACUCGUAAUUUCAUAAUUUUUCAUCUUCCGAGUCGUAAAUAAAACACAUAUAGAGUAUUGAUGAAAUUAAGAUCAUGUUUCUGGUCACUUUAUAUUUUACUUUUUAAAACACCAUAAUGAUUUUGGGAUGCAUUUUUUUUUUCUGAGCUUCAUUUUUGUAACAUAGAGACAUUUUGGGACCUUGUAGCUCAGAUUUCUACAAGUCAAAUCAAUUUUAGCCUAUACCUAUAGGAUAUAUGUGAGACAAAUUGCACCCUUUAUGAUGAUAAAUGCACAAUGUAAGCUGCACGUUGCAAAAAUAGACUAAAGUUUUGUGGACAGUGAAGUUCAUUAUGAUUGUCAUCACAAUGAAGUGUUAAUGAUGUCAUGAUGAAGUCAUGGUGUCAUCACAAUGAAGUUAUUAUGAUGUCAUCAUGAUGCGAUCACAAUGAAGUAAUGUCAUGUCAUGACAGUGAAGUAAUUAUGAUUUCAUCAUGAUGAAGUCAUCUUGAUGUCAUCAUAAUAAAGUCAUCAAUAUGUCAUGACUCAUUAAGGUCAAUUAGUGAUUGUUAUAUUCAAAUUGGACUUAACAUUUUUUCACUUCAUGUGUAACAUUUUUUAAUUUGCAUCAACCUUUAAAAGGUAUAAGUCCAGUCUCUUGUCGUGUUGCUACAAAAAUUUGCAUGUGCAACUUGUUUGUUUUAUUUUGUUUUAUUUUUUUGGCGUGUCACAUCCCAUUUACUAUGUACAAGAAAAUGUUAUUGAGCUGAGUUGCAUCAUGUCUGAAUAGGCCAUUUAAUUGGGAGGGAGGGGUGUCUUUACAAGUAUGUAAAUUCAAAUAAUGUUUAUCAUGGGAGAUGAUAUACAUUGCACCAACCAUGGAUAAAUGGGUUUGUUACAGUACUAAAUUUUUAAUAUGGUGGCAUGUAUAUGAAGUUAAUUUGUGUUAAGAUUUCUUGGUGUCUAUCAGCUUAUAAAAUAAGCAUGUGACUUUUGUAUAACACUAAUCUUUUCUCAGUGAUAUCUGUACUGGUAGAAUUAUAGAAUUUCCAGUGUGAAGUAUUUGAUUGUAAGAAAGUAUCUAUUCAGGCAUAUAUAUGUAUUAUGUUGUUGAUUUUUAUUGCAUUUCACUAUUGAGUGAUACAUGUGAGUUUAUCACCAUAAUACAUGUAGGUACUUCACCAUAAUACAUGUAGGUGUGAUAUAUUAAUACAUUUAUAUAUAUUUAGGAUGUGUUGUUGCAAUAAUUGUAUCUAUUUAUUUGCAGUGAGUUUAGGUAAUUAUUUCUAUUGCGUUUCAUAAUUCUGAAAUUAAUUUUGGUAGAUGUUUACAGAAUGUAGAUUCAGGCUGGAAAAGAGAAGAGCUUUGAGAAUAUACAAUUGACAGAAAUGUUAUUGUUGCUGGCUUUCUACAACUCUUCUUCAUUUAGCUUUCCCACGUAAAAACGUAAAAGUCAUAAUCAUAUGCUCUAUAGGGGUGGGUUAUUUGUUUAUAGAACUUUGUGAUAGCUGUUUGAAAUCUGAUGCUAUGACAAAAUUUUGGUAUGCAUGUAGAUGUGAUUAUUAUUCUUAAUAAAGAAUAAAUAAGUGCACUUUAUUGACCGUCUAAAACUGUUUUUUCCUCAAUGUCGUAGCAUUGAAGAAAUUUGAUCAUUUCUAUUCAAUUUGUAAUUACUAGAGCCAUGUGUGGCAGAGUAUGAUGACAGGAUACUAUUUCCAUCAUGAAGGCAUCAAAUUAACCAAUCAGCAUGCUGACAUUGUUGUAUUUAAAUGGAUAGUUUGUUGGCAUUUUCAAUAACUAAUAAUCUUCUUUACAUAAUUUGAUUUGAAUAAAUCACACUUUAAAGUUUUAUUUGAACAAUUCAUUAAAUGUGCACUGUAAUCUUAAUAAUUACGGCUGCCCAGCUACAGCUGAGGUAAUAAUAUCCAAGAAGCGCAUAGAGACAUUAUUCAUAAUUGUGAUAUGCGCUAUACAAGAACUGUUUUUUAUUAUUAUUAUUAAAUUCUCACCCAACCACACCAUUUAAUUAUGCUGUAAUGCAGUAAUAAUUUUUUGGGGGAUGAAAAUAAGCAAAAUUAUUUGUGAAUAAUGAUAUACAUGUAUGUAUGCUGAUGUGAUCUUACUAGAUUUCUAUUUUUGUUGAGUUUGAAAUAAAAAUAAUAAUAUAGGAUUUAUAAACCACACGUAUCUGCCUUGUUAGGUGCUCAAGGCAUCCGGCUAAGUUAGUCUACCGAUUCCAUUAGCCAUCUUUUCCCAUUAAAUAUACAUGUUUGGGAAUGGGAACACUCCUUUUUUACUUCCUGAUAAAGAUUACUGUAUAGCUUUUUCUCAUUUAUUUCAUCAGGUUAUGUAUAUAUUCAUUUUUAUAAAGUAUGUUUACAACUCACAAAGAGAGUAAUAUAUAAAGUGUAUCUGGGCCAGUUGCACAAAACUUGAUAAUUACAUGUAGAUGAUGGCUUUCCAUGAAAUCCUUGAUUCUGAUUAAAUUGUCUAGCAUUGAGUGUUACACAUUAACAUCAUUACAAAAGAAUGUACACCGUAGGUCUAGCUAAUUGCAUCCCGACUGUUGGACUGUUAUGAAAAUGCAUAUGCUGAAAUUAAGACUCAAUAGCCAACUGAAUCAAGGCUUCCAUGGAAAUGUUUAUAAGGUAUGUUUCAUAAAAAGGCCAAAUAAUGUAGUUAGUGCAUGGUUUUAUUUUUUUUCCAAUGAUAGAAGAUGAGAUGUAUCAGUUAAAAAUGUGUUGUUGUUUUUUAGACCUUUGCAAGAAUGCUUUGAAUACAAAAAAACUAGAGGGGCAGGACAUUGUAUGUAACAAUGAUUUGCUCCUUUGAUAGUCUAAUAAGAAUUUUCUAGCAUCUUGAAAGCAACUUUCAUUUUAAAAAACGUCAAAGUUAUUAUAUGAAUUUGUGUUCCAAAGAAUAAUAAGUCUUUGAAUGCUUUAUGAAUAAUAUAUAUUGUAUCAUACUUACGUUGUAAAUAAUUAUGAAAAAGAAGAUGUUUAUAUGUAUAACUUGUAAACUUGUGUAAUACUUUUCUUUGUUUUAUUAGAUGACAUUAGCUAUUCUGGAUGAGAUAAUCAUUUUAUAUUCGAGCUGGUAUAUGAUUUUCCAAGUCAGAACUAUUUUAGUGAGAUAAAUAUACAUUGGCCCUGGUAUGGCCAGUUUGGACUGGAGAUAUCUAUAGAGACUUUAAUGGUGCAAGAAUGUUCUGUGGGCCCUGUUAACAAAAAGCUUGGCAAUUGAUAGUGCGGCAGAUUUCUACGAUUGAUUGCAUUGAUUAUUGUGUAUGAUCAUUCAUAAAAUUCAGUAGGCUUUGUUACAAUGGCCUGGGCCAGACAAAGCCUGGGAGUGAAGAACUAUUGUGUGUAAACGAUGGCUUGACCCUCAACUCGUCUUGAGAAUGUUCCGCUGGCACUGCUGCUCCAAUAUAACAACAUAUAGCAUCUUUUUCUAAUGUAUUACAAACGGUCGUCCCAGACAUUUCUAUUGCUUAACUGACUGAUUCUGUAACAGAGUCAUCUGUCUGAGAGCCAUCACAGAGACACGGCAACUGAAAGAAAAGUCUUAAUAAGAGCUAUGAUCUGGCCAAGGGUCGAACAAUCAUUUCGGUAAAUGUUACACUUUCUAUCUUGUGCUAAAAAUGCACACAAGGUUCUGUCUGAAAUUAUCUAUGAAAGGCUUCAAUGAGAUAAAUAUUUUCAAAGUCUGUAUAUUCUUUGUAAUAACCCUUUUCUUUCUGUUGGCAAAGGUGAUUCUUUCAUGUGUCAUAAAGUUUUACACAUGUAGGUCUAAUAAUUGUCUUUAAUUUAAUACAUUAGAGCACUAGACCUUACAACCUUAGUUGCAACUUAAUCAUGACCUGCACAUAGUGUCUACAGGAAGUAUUUGUAUUAUGCUGGAAAUAGAAAAUUCCAACCAUCCUGGCUAUUAUAAAAUCUGAUCAAUUGUAUAUCUGAAAUAGACGAGGACACCGUUCUCAUACUUUCUAUAACUGGUUUUAAUAAGCCUGUUCACAGUUGUAAACUGCACACAAGCAGUAAAAGGUCAUUUGAGAUAAACCAUAAAGUUGGUUUUCAAAUUCUCUGACAUAGGCAUUUGUGAUUUGAUGAUUAUUCAGGUAUUCCUUUCAGAAUAUUCUUUUCAUCACCUCUAAGCUGAAGAGUAACAAAGUCUUCUUAAUCACUGGUUUUUGACAGAUACCCAAACUAUAGUCAAAAUGUUCCAGGACCAGACAACAAAUUAAAAGGAUUUCAAAAAACUUUACCCAUGAUGUACUAUUCUAGUCACCUGCUCUAUACAUUGCCUUUCAUUCUUAGAAUUUGAAUGCUUUGCCGUAAAAACUUAUGCAACAUCUUCAUUUGAAAAUAUUAGUGCUCAUCCUAAUGAAAAAUCGCAAAGGUCAUAUGAGAAAAGUUGAUCAUCAGCUAACAGUGAACUGGCUUAUACUGGAAACCGGUUCAGGAAACUAGUUUGGAAGAUCGCUUUGCUAGCGUUCCCAAUUGAUCACCCGAAAGUGAUUUUCAAAACCACUUCACGUAAAGCAGUCUUGUUGCUAUUGGAACUCUCUUCAGUGGGGUGACAUGUUCCGCGCGAAAUUUGAAUCCGCAGCGUAGGCAUUCCACACAGUAUGGAGUAGCGCGCUCGUAAUGUGCAAAGAUCGCUUCCUGAAGAAUGGUUGUCUUCAUGCUAAAACCAGUUUAAAGCGAUCUUCAAAACUACAUUGGGAGGUGGUUUUCUGAACCGGUUUGGGAGAUGGCUUCAAAAACCACUUCGAGCAUUCUCAUUACACGUUGAACAUUUAGUUUUAGGUUGGUAGUGAGAACGGUGUCAAGUACGGCUUUUUGUUUUCACCUAGUUUUAGUCAUGCAUGAAUGAUAAUGAAUCACGAGAUUUGAUAAUGUUAUACUUUAAUGAACCCAACAUUUUUUUGGUAGUAUAUCAAUCUGUAUUGUUCUGUUAAGCAAUGAUUUUUGGUAGAAAGAAUGUCUGGCUACAUGACUUUUGUGUGUAGGGUUGUAACCAAAAUGAGUAAAACUAACAAUACUACCAAAUGAGAAAGUAGUGACCAAACUAAUUUUUUUUAUUUUACAGUUUGAUUUGCUUUUUUACCACCGACCAAUUCAGGUGAGGUGAAAUUACGUCACAGACCACAACACCACAUUACUUUUUUGGUCACGUGGGUCUGGUAUCAUUCCACCUUCUGAUUGUUUUUUUAAUAUAUAUUAUACUUGUGAAUAUAAUGUUAAUUGACAAGAGUGUAUAUUCAUAUUCUUAUUAUGAAUAUGCUAGAAAAAGGGGUCUAUUUUUCCUUGGUGGACUGAUACCAGACCCACAUGACCAACAAAAUAAUGUGCUUUUGCGGUCUGUGACGCAAUUUCACCACACCCAAUAUGGUCGUAUGGUAGUAAAAACUGAAAUAAAAGAAAUUAGUUUGGUCACUACAAAAGAAUUUCAUUAGAAGUCAUGGAAUGCUUCAAUAAUCAGUCUGAAAAUAUAUAUCAUUGCUUAAAUAAUACAUAGUUAUUCAUGCACGACUAAAAAGUAAAAUUGCAAGGUUAUGCUCCUGUCAUAAUGUGAAAUUAUAUUAGAUUUUAUUAUUGCCAGGUUCUUAUUUUGUCAUCCUAAUUGUAUUAAAGAUGUAAUGGGAAGAAACAAAUUUAUGAAUACAUGUAAAUAUUUGUCUCAUUUUAUAUUUAACCGGUUAUUAAAUACAUGAAUUAUCAUAUAUUUACUUUUUCAAAGCCCUUGUUGUUUUCUGAUUGAGGUUCGAAUAUCAAAGUUGUGAUCACUAAUUGUAGGAAAAACAUAAAAACAGAAAUUUAGUUUGUUUGUAAACUCUGUUUCAUUUUAGAAAGCUGUAUUUUUUAAUGGGAAACCGUUAUGCUGGGAUGCCAAUCCCAUGAACAAGAAUUUCAAUAUUUUAGGGAUGUAGAAAAGCAUUUUGAGUGUAACGAUUUUUGUCAAGAAACGUGUAUAAUACGGAAAUGGAGGGGGGGGGGGAUAAAAUACUGCCAAAAAGGAAUAAAGUUUGGCAUCUCUGAUUAAAGAAAAACACACACUACUGCAAUCGGAUGUUGUAUAUCCAAGUCCAAAUUUAUUAUUGAUAUGAAAUACUGAAAUCAAUUCUCUUUUUAAACACUGCAGCAGAGAAUAAAGUUUAAUGAUACUAUUAAAGGGGUCCUGACUGCCUCAAACGACCGUCCAGUCUUUUGUACAAAUUUGUAUGCUGUCCAUAUGUACAUACGUAAAUCCUGUAGUCAACACACGACAUUCAACUCAAUUACAUCUCACAAAUGAUUCUAUUCAGAUUGU